AAUAUAUUGCUACUUACAAUAUACUACCUAUAAAAAUUUUGUUAUACAGUUAAACACUUAGUAUUUGUUCUGAUUGUGUUCUUAAAAAGCAUUACUGAACCUCUAGUAACUUUUUCUACAUUUCUUAGGAGACCAAUUACAAAGUAAUUUUCCAGACAUAAUUUGGAACUUUAUUUUGUACUUUGUGUGAAUCGCGACGGUAAACUUAUUUGCUACUAGACGACCAUAAACUCUUAUAUGUAAAUUAACCACACGUCAGAGGAAACCGGUUUAUCGGUGGUCAUUGGGCCCCCCACUGUCUCCGUACUAUCAUACACAAACACACGAUCAUUUUUUCGAUUUUGCUUCAUUGCACCUACAAUUGCGUUUUGGACAUAUUGAGCAUUGUUUUGUGAAUAAAUUUGAAUAAUCUUUGACGUCGAAAUUUAGUUCGAAUCAUUCAUAAUAAGCAAAUUGAAAAUGGCUGGACGUGCUUUACAUUUUGUGUUUAAAGUUGCCGAAAGAACAAAAACUAUCAAGUUUUACAGAGAACUUUUGGGAAUGAAAGUCUUAAGACAUGAAGAGUUCACUCAAGGUUGUGAGGCUGCAUGUAAUGGACCGUAUGACAACCGUUGGAGUAAAACUAUGGUUGGAUAUGGACCUGAAGAUACUCAUUUUGUUAUAGAACUUACUUAUAAUUAUGGUGUUGAAGAUUAUAAGCUUGGGAAUGAUUUCCUUGGUAUUACAUUGAAAUCAUCAAAAGUAUUAGAAAAUGCUAAGACUCUUGGUUGGCCCGUUGAAGUCGAAGGUAGUUUAUCUUAUGUUGUAGCGCCUGGAGGAUAUAAAUUUUAUGUGAUUGAUGAACCUCAACCUGUCAAUAAAGAUCCUGUUGUAAAUGUUAUGUUAUCAUCAACAAAUUUGAUAAAAUCUAAAAAGUUUUGGAACGAGAUACUUAGCUUGAGCAUUUUCACAGAAACAGAAACUUUUAUUGAAUUAGGAUUCGACGAAAAACAAGCUAAACUUAAAUUUAGAGAUAUUGGAGAGCCAAUUAAUCAUGCAACGGCAUAUGGAAGAAUAGCAUUUUCAGUUCCUACUACUGAUCUAAAAAAUUUCCAAGAAAAAGCUCAAAAUAAUCAAUACAAAAUUUUAACUCCUUUUGUUACUUUAGACACACCUGGUAAAGCAUCGGUAUCUGUUGUCAUUUUUGCUGAUCCUGAUGGUCAUGAAAUAUGUUUCGUUGGAGAUAAAGAAUUUCGUGAGUUAUCCCAGUUUGAUCCAGAUGCAGAAAAACAAUUAGAUAAGUAUAUUAAAAAAGAUGAAGCUAGAAAAUUAAAAAAUUAAACCACUGUGAUUUAAAAAAAU